UGGAACUCUAAGUACUGAUGCCGGAGUUCCUGUGUUCCCUUUCCUGUGCCAGCAAAGUCCAAAAGUAGUGGAUGGGAGAGACCGUAAAAAGCAAGCUGAAUUCAUUGAUAAGGUUUUUCCCCCAAUGUCGUCUGCACUGUAUUUCACCCACAAGGGAAUCCUUUUCCCCAAUAAAUGGUAUGAUGUGGAAACACUCAACUUUGUGGAAAAUGAAUUCCAACUGUUGGACGAUGAUGUACUGAAUGUUACUUUUCCUAAAUCAGGUACCAAUUGGAUGCAGGAGAUCUUGGGCUUAAUCUGGCACAAUGGGGACCCAUCAUGGGUUCGCAGCUCGGUUGUGUGGGACCGGUCACCAUGGAUAGAGCUUAUUGGAGGUAUGAAGACUGCCUUGGCAUCUCCUCCACCCAGACUCAUGGCUUCUCACAUGCCAUUCCAGCUUUUCCCCAAGUCAUUUCUCCAGUCCAAGGCUAAGGUGAUCUAUACUCUGCGUAAUCCCAAGGAUGUGCUGGUCUCAUUUUACCACUAUUCCAAAUUCUUCAAAGUAUUCAAGGACCCUGGAACUGUGGAAGAGUUCUUGGAGGAAUUCCUGAGUGGGAAUGUGGCCUUUGGUUCCUGGUUUGACCAUGUGAAAAGUUGGCUGGAGGUCAAGGGGAGACCCAAUGUCUUCUUCAACAGUUAUGAAGAGCUGCAGCAGGACCUGCGAGGCAGUGUGGAAAAGAUCUGCCGUUUCCUUGGGAAGGAGCUGAAUAGCCAGCAAAUUGAUUCUGUGGUGGAAAAUGCCUCCUUCCAGAAGAUGAAGGACAACCCGAAGUCCAACUUCACCACACUGCCAGAUUACUUUUUAGACCACAAGAAAGGGAAGUUAUUGAGGAAAGGGAUCGUCGGGGACUGGAAGAACCUCCUGACAGUGGCACAGAAUGAACGCUUUGACCGCGUUUAUCAGGAGAAGAUGCAGGGAGUGAGUGCGACCUUCCCAUGGGACUGAAGAAGGCCAGACUGCAACUUCUGCUGUUCUGUUUUCUUUCUGUCUGUGCCUCAUAUGGCUCAGGUUCCUUCUAAUAAAUCAUUGGGCUGUAUUACCAGGGUAGUGUUAUUUCUCCAGGUGUGAAGGAAGCUGAGCAGGAAUUUCACAGUCCAAACAGGGGAGGAGAGCAAACAUGCCCAAAGAUGCAUGGAUACAUUCUAUGUUCAAUUCUAGGCUCACUUCAAGCUUAGCCUUGCUUGCCCCUCAGCUGUCUGCGUGAUGUCACAGUGUGGAUCUACACUUCUGCUUAUAUCGAUUUUUUGAGCCCUUGUGACGUUGUAAGUUGUAUCGCUACCUUGUGUAUACCGUUGCUCAGUAGCGUUACUUACCUUUUCUUGUAACGUUGUUGCGGAGCACACUGUUCGUUGCCCCGUUGUCGGUGUUGUUUCUUCUUCUCGUUUCUCUGAACCUUUCAAUUCCCAGACUGUCUUUUCUCUGCGCCUCCCACUUCCUUGUUUUUGUAUUUUAUGCGCUUCCCUAGCUAA